AAUUAGAAACCAAUGAAGGUUACAUGUUACAAAAUACAAGUCAAUUUCCGCAUAAUAGUCGCAAUAUUAAAAAACUAUCAGGCUUUGUAACUAAAAGUUUGUUCGUCUUAUAAUUGGCUCUUGUUCAUCAGAUUAGUAAUGUAGGGUAUGAAGAGUCAGGAUGUAGCUCCAGCAGCACACCGUUGCUGCUAAAUCUAAAAAGAUACUCAGCUACUUCCACGAUGUUUAUCUAUGGAUGGGAGUGGAGGGGAGAUCCUUUACAAUGUACCUGUGUCACGCUUUUCUUCUUCUUUCUGUCGUGGCUCUUGAUCAAGAUAAUAUUUUGGAAGCCUCCAAAGCUGAUUAUAAGGGAGUCUGGUCAAGGACAUUCCUGGUUUGGGACUGAUUUCAUUGAUAAGCCCACCUAUUGUAACAACUGUAAAGAACUAUUUGUAACGGGACACAGUUGUGAUUCCUGUGGAGUUUACUCGUGCUCCGAAGAGAGGUGUAUAGAUCAGGCCGAUGAGGAAAUAGCUUGCAAGUCCCUCUUCUUAUCCCAGAAGAAACAGAUGAAACAUCAUUGGAUCAGAGGAAAUUUACCGUUAUGUAAAGAAUGUGUGACGUGUGGAGAUUUCUGUGGUCGGGAGCCCAAACUAAUGGAUAUAAGAUGUGUGUGGUGUCAAGUUGUGUGUCAUGACGACUGUAGUAAACCCAUCACUUCCUGUGAUUUGGGGAAAUAUCAGAAGUGGAUUCUCCCUCCUACCAGUAUUACUCUCAAGAGUAUCUGGGUAAAAGGAGUAAGGAAGCAGGUAGUGCGGGACAUCACCACACCCUCGUACCCCUGGCAGCCCUUGUUAGUGUUAGCUAAUAGAAAGAGUGGUAAUAACCAGGGACAGAGUGUCCUGCAGAUCUUCAGACAUCUCCUCAACCCCGCACAGGUGGUAGAUAUCUGUGAAGUGCCCCCAGAAGCAGCGUUAGACAUCUGUAGACUGUCCCCCACCACACAGUACCUAGUACUGGUAUGUGGGGGAGAUGGUACUGUGGGAUGGGUACUCGGUGCUAUCGACAAGAUGAAACUUCAGACACGACCUCUGGUGUGCGUGUUGCCGUUAGGUACUGGUAACGACUUCGCCAGAUCUUGUGGUUGGGGCUCAGGGUAUGCUGAAGAGGACAUGUCAGACAUAUUGUGGGAUAUUAGUAGAGCCCAAACUAUUGAACACGACAGAUGGUCCGUUAACAUCAGAAACUAUGGUUACUUCGGUAUCAAACGUCCCAUGAAGACGCUGAUAAUGAACUGCUAUUUCUCUAUCGGGUGUGACGCAGCAGUUGUGUUAAACUUCCACAAAAACAGGGAAGAAAACCCAUCCCUCUUUAAAAACAGAUUAUUAAAUAAGGCCUGGUAUCUAGGAUACGGCACGAAGGACGUAUUUGAAAGCGUGUGUCACAAACUAAACGAGCGAAUAGCUAUUGAACUUGACGGUAGAGCAAUAGAACUACCUGAAUUGGAGGGUAUUGUGUUGCUAAAUAUCGGCUCUUGGAGCAGUGGCUGUGACAUGUGGGCUGGGAGUGGUUUAGAGGAACUACCAAACAAACAAAGCCCAUCUGAUGGUUUGAUAGAAGUUUGUGGACUCUACUCUUCUCUUCACGUGGGUCGACUCCAAGUUGGACUUGCUGAUCCUUGUAGACUUGGCCAAGCUAAAACUGUCAGGAUCGUGGUGAAGUCAGGGUUCGUGCCAGCUCAGUGUGACGGCGAGCCUUGGGAUCAGUCUCCUUGUAUUAUAUCCGUGUCAGCUCACACUCCUGCGCUGAUUAUGAGGCGCGAGGAAGUAUCCUGAAGAUGGUUUUUUCUCAGAUUAACCCAUAAUUAGCCUGAAAUUUACUUGAAUUUUAUUCUUAUACUCUCCUGAAGUUUAUGUAGAUGUCUUAGAUUGUACUCUUCCAAGAAUUCCCCAUGGUUGGCUAGACGUGUUGGACUAUUAAAUGAAAAUUGAGGACCUGACAGCUGUUGUGACAGAGCCAAUAUUUGGGUUAACUCGAGGAUUCAAUACAGAAAACGUGAUGAUACGUUAGGGUUUAGGAACUGCAGCUACCGCCGGAACGGCCGUACUUAGAACAGACAAAUCUUGUUAUGUUUAGUGUUUAGUUUGGACAACUUGUUGAGCCGAAUAGGUUAUCCUUUAUUGAACGUAUGUUGACCAAAGUUGAAACAG